AUGGCGGUUAAGUCCAAAACACGCGUGAUUGUCGCACGGCUCUUGUCGACGGCGGGCUCGGGGUUUAUGUACACGACACGUCGUUUGCGUGUCGCGGAGAAGCUGAGUUUGAUGAAGUACGAUCCUGUCGUGAAGCGCCAUGUCCUGUUUAAGGAGGUCAAGGGGUCCAAGUAG